AUGGACAAGCUGAUCGUCCUCUUGCUCGGAAACGGCGGUCGCGAGCACGCUAUUGCCUGGAAGUUGACCCAGUCCGACCGUGUCGCCAAGAUCUUUGUCGCCCCUGGUAACGGUGGUACUGCCUCUGGCUUGAACAAGGUCGAGAACGUUGCCAUCGGUGUCCUCGACUUUGCCGGUCUCGCCAAGUUCGCCGUCGAGAACAAGGUCAACUUUGUUAUCCCUGGCCCUGAGCAGCCUUUGGUUGAGGGUGUCACCGCUGUCUUCCAGAAGAUCGGAAUCCCCGUGUUCGGACCUUCAGUCAAGGCCGCCCGCAUGGAGGGGUCCAAGACAUUCUCAAAGGACUUUAUGAAGAGGCACAACAUCCCCACAGCCGCCUACGAGAACUUUACCGAUGCCGCCACGGCCAAGGAGUUUAUCCAAAAGAGCGACUUUAAUGUUGUCCUCAAGGCCUCUGGCUUGGCUGCUGGAAAGGGUGUUCUGAUCCCCACUACCAAGGAGGAGGCUUGCCAGGGUGUUGAUCAGAUCUUGGUCGAGAAGGUCUUUGGUGAUGCUGGAAACGAGCUGGUUGUGGAAGAGUUCUUGGAGGGCCAGGAGCUCAGCAUCCUCGCCUUCUCGGACGGAUACACCGUCGUCCCCUUGCCCCCAGCUCAGGACCACAAGCGCAUCUUUGAUAACGACCAGGGCCCCAACACCGGCGGUAUGGGCUGCUAUGCCCCCACGCCUGUCGCCAGCCCCGAGAUGCUUGCCGACAUCAAGCGCACCAUCCUCCAGCCCACCAUCGACGGCAUGCGUCGCGACGGAUUCCCCUUUGUCGGUAUCCUCUUCACCGGCAUCAUGUUGACCUCCUCGGGCGCCAAGGUCCUCGAGUACAACGUCCGUUUCGGUGACCCCGAGACUGAGGUCGUCCUCCCUCUUCUGAGUGACGAUACUGAUCUUGCCGAGGUUAUGGAGGCCUGUACUGAGGGCCGUCUGGACUCUGUCCGUGUCGGUAUCAAGCCUGGUUUUGCGGCCACUGUUGUUGUCGCCUCGGGUGGAUACCCUGGUGCCUACCCCACCGGCAAGGAGAUUACGCUCCAGAAGACUGGCGAGGAUGUGAUUGUUUUCCAUGCCGGCACGUCUAUCAAAGAGUCGAAGUUGGUUACCUCUGGAGGACGCGUCUUGGCCGCCACUGGAGUUGCCAAUGAUCUCCGCACGGCUGUUGAUAAGGCCUACGAGGGCAUUGGAACAAUUGCCUUUGACCAGAUGUUCUACCGCAAGGAUAUUGCCCACCGCGCCUUCACCUUCUUGGCCGAGCAGACUGCCAGCGCCAACCAGAUGACGUAUGCCCAGGCCGGUGUUUCGAUCGAUGCCGGUAACCUCUUGGUCCAGAAGAUCAAGCCCCUUGUCAAGGCCACGCGCCGUGUUGGUGCCGAUGGUGAGAUUGGAGGAUUCGGAGGAUUGUUUGACUUGAAGGCUGCUGGAUUCAAGGAUCCUAUCCUGGUCUCUGCCACUGACGGUGUUGGCACCAAGCUCAAGUUGGCCCACAUGACUGGAAUCCACGACACGAUCGGACAGGAUGUGGUCGCGAUGAACGUCAACGACUUGAUUGUCCAGGGCGCCGAGUCAUUGUUCUUCUUGGAUUACUAUGCAUGUGGAAAGCUCGAGGUCGAAGUUGCCAAGGAUGUUGUCAAGGGAGUCGCUGAUGGAUGUCUGAUGGCCGGCUGUGCCCUUGUCGGAGGCGAGACCUCGGAAAUGCCUGGAUUGUACGCCCCCGGCGACUAUGACUUGGCCGGUUUCGCCGUCGGUGCUGUUGAGCGCAACAAGAUCAUCCCCCGCAUGGACCUCGUCAAGCCCGGCGAUAUCCUCCUCGGUCUCACCUCCUCGGGCGCCCACUCGAACGGUUACUCGCUGAUCCGCAAGAUUGUCGAAAAGUCCAACCAGGAAUUGCACUCCCCCUGCCCAUGGGACAAGACCAAGACUCUGGGCCAAUCCCUCUUGACCCCAACCCGUAUCUACGUCAAGCAGCUCCUUCCCGUGGUCCGCAAGGACCUCGUCAAGGCCAUGGCCCACAUCACCGGUGGUGGCUUCAUCGACAACAUUCCCCGAGUCCUCCCCCACGAGCUCGGUGUCGAGGUCGAUGCUUCCUCCUGGCCUUUCCCCGACGUCUUCAAGUGGAUCAUGGCCACUGGAAACGUGCCCCACCGCGAGAUGGCCAGGACGUUCAACUGCGGUAUCGGUAUGGUCCUUGUCGUUGCUGCCGAGGAUGUCGAGGAAGUCACCCAGCUCUGUAGGGCUGAGGGUGAGGUCGUCUACCAGAUCGGUGUCCUCAAGUCCAAGGCUGAUAACAACGGCGAGGAGGUCGUCAUGCGCAACAUGGAGUCCAGCUGGACCGUCUAA